AGGGCGCUGCUCCGAACGGUGAAGCAACGGCUCCGUGCAAAAAGUAAUUUAUAAAUUUAAAGAACGAAUAUAUCCAGUUUUCAGUGUGUUAAAAACGUAUAGUAUUGUGUAACUCAACAGUGGAAGCGUUUGCAAACCUAAUAAUUCAAAGAAACGUGAUAAUUUCGUGUUAUAUGUGACAUCAUCUGCGAGUGCAAAACACAAACAAUCGCUGAGUAGAACUAUCCAAAUCACCACAGCAAUUACGUUAUCAGUGAAUCACAGCUACAAACAAAAAACAACGAACUCCUUGGAAAGUGAAUAAAUAUAAACUGUUAUAAGAGUUAAAAUGAUUAGAACACCAAAAUAGUCACAAACAGUUGAAGUGAUAAAAAAAUUUUCGAGGGUGAGCAAAUAAAAUUAUUGCAUCGACUGUCAUUGAACAAUAAUAACAAGCAAAGUGUGCUAGGUUCACUAUUUUCGUCACGAAUAUUACGUAAAGAGUUGGUCUAGUGGUACGAUCACUUGGAUCUCACAAGGAAAAGACGCAUCGAGUACCUGGUUCGAAUCUCGCCAAAAAUUACAUUUUUAAAUUUUCAUUUCUGAUUGAACAAAUCAAAUAAAAAAAAAAAAAAAAAAAAAAAAAAAAAAACAAACCUAUUUUUAAUUAAAAAAAAAAAAGAAAAAAAAAAAAAUAUUAAAAGUUUCCGGAAUUCGAACUGGGCCAAGUGCGUUCUUCGCAUCAAACAUACCAACGUAAACAAAAUCUUACACACUGACUUUGGCAUAUUACAGUCAACGUCAAGUCAAUCAAGUGAUACGUUCCCUCUAUACGCAAGAUACGCAAGCACAUCAACGUUACUAUGGAAGGACAAUUUCAAAUAUUAUUUGACAGCAUGAAAAUUGAGAUGCAAACUUUGAUGCAAACUCAAACUGUGGAAUUGAAAGAAUCUAUUACAAACAGUAUUAUGGAUAAAAUGGAAGAAAAAUUAAUCCCUUUAGUAGAGGAAAACAAAGAACUAAAACUUAAGAUAGGGAAACUAGAGAACGAAAUCGAGUUUCUAAAAAGAGGGGAAAAGAAAAAUAAUGUUAUAGUUUUUGGCCUAGAAGAAAAAGAAACCUCAGCCUAUGAACUUAUUCAAGAACUAAAGAAAAAUCUGAAGCAAGAUUUAAAUAUUAACCUAGAACAUUACGAAAUAAACAAAAUUCAUCGGAUAGGAACUAAAAAUGAGGAAAGUAACAAGUCUCGACCGGUUUUAUGUUCGUUUGUGAACAACUGGAAAAAGAACGAAAUUCUGAAAAAUAGGAAAAAUCUAAAGACUAUUAAUAUCAGUGAAGAUUACUCAAAGGAAGUAUUAGAAAAGAGGAGAAAACUAAAAGCAGAGCUAUUUGAAGAGAGGAAGAAUGGAAAAAUAGCCUAUUUGAAAUAUGACAAACUAAUAGUCAAAGAGAAUAAAAAUAGCCAGGACAAAAGAAAAAGGGAAUCAUCUGCCUCACCCUCCUCUUACAAUACCCAAACAAAAAAAUAUCAAACAGUUUCUUCAAUCAAGUCGAACAGGACGAAUGCUUUCGAUGUGAUGAGGUCGAGAUCGAACUCUUUUUCUAAUGUAACUACCAAAAAACAAUAACAAUUACCAAUCGGCAAACGCCAAAACCCAACCAACUACGGAAAAACUGGCAAUAUUGAAAAAAUAAUGCACAAACCUCCCCCAAGCCGACUGGUCCUCGUGGGGGAAGAAGACCACAACCCUCCAACACAAAGACAUAACAAUUCCACCACUUAUAACAAAAAAGAUCAUAAACACAAAAUAUACAUCGCUGCACUCAAUGUACUUACCCUUAAAAAUGAAGAAAAUCUCACGGAACUGACGUAUGCUUUAAAACGCAUUAAAUGGGACAUUGUUGGCUUAAGUGAAAUAAGGCGAAUGGGAGAAAGAAUUAUUUCCCAUUCAGAAUUCCUUCUAUAUCAUAUAGGAACGACCCCAGGUCAUCAUGGAGUUGGAUUCAUUAUUAAAAAACACCUUGCAAACUACGUGGAGAGCUUCAUAGGAGUAUCAGAGCGCAUAGCGUUAAUGAAUCUUAAGCUACCGGGGUACAAAGACCCAUGGUCCAUCAUACAAGUAUACUCACCUACGGAACAAUCUGAUGUAGAAACAGUAGACUCAUUCUAUCAAGAUUUAUAUAAAACAAUCCAAGACCAUGCUUAUAAUAGUAUUAUUGUAUUAGGAGACUUCAAUGGCCAAAUUGGAGAACGGCAACCAGAAGAAAACACAGUAUUGGGACCAUUUGGAUAUGGAAAAAAGACCAGAAGCAGAAACGGAGAGAAGCUUGUAAGCUUUGCGCAGGAAAAUGGUUUGCGAGUCUUGAAUUCAAUGUUUAAGAAGAAAAAAAGUAAAAUGUGGACCUGGAUAUCACCAGACGGGAAAACAAAAAAUGAAAUAGAUUUUAUAAUGACUAAUAAAAGCAGAUACUUCGCAAACAUGAAAGUUUUAAGCAAUUUCAACUUCAAUACCAACCAUCGAAUGAUUCGAGCAGAACUAUUGACAAACCCGCCAAAAAACCCAAGACCGAGAAAUAAAAUGACAUUUACAA